CCUCGGGGACCUGGUCGGCUGUCUGCACCAGGACAUGCAAGUGGACGUGGACGUCAACGUGGAAUUGGAGUUCGACGUGGCGGUGGCGGGGGAGCAGAGGGAACGCCAAUUUCCAUGAGACCAGGGAACCCAGUUCAGGCAGAACCUGUACCAGGCUGUUCUCAUGACGAAGACGGUGCUCUGCCAAGGUGUGGCCGUCGACGAGUUCACUUGCCAAGACCAUCCGGUGGUUACUCACAUCAGGGAGAGCCCGUACCAGGACGUUCCUGUGAUGAACCCGGUCGCCCACCAGUAAAUGGUCGUGGACAAUUUCGCAUGCGAAGUCCAGUGAGUGAUCGGAGCAAUUAUUCUCUUAAUAUGGAGGUUGAUGAUGCCUCGGAAUCUUCUGAUGACGACGUUGUUCCAGUCAAUGGUAAGUACCAUUUAGCUUCGUGCGCUAUUAUUUAG